AAGACUAGCUUCCCUUCCCCUUGACACCUUGCUUUGCGUAAUUGCGUUGUUCUAUUUAUAAACUCUCCGAUCCAUAAGUGGAACUGGAACUUCCCUAACUCUUAAAACCCACAGAAACCAUGAUCGCCUUUGGUGACACUGACAUCCUUAAGGGAUCUUCAUUCCAAUGUCACCAACAACUUCAGUUGUCUCCCUUUAUCAGAGAUGUCACUUACAGUUGCGGUUCCUGUGGAUAUGAGUUGAACUUGAGCUCCAGCAACCGCAACACAUCCCUCAUUGAUUCUUCCAAGUACGGCAAGUCCAUCAAGAAGGGUGUCAUCUCCUUCUUCUCUGUGGAUGAGAGCAGGUUCACUCAGAUCCACCAACUUCGAUGGUCAUGGAUACCCUUCUUCAAGCCAAGGAGAACCAAGCUACUCUGCCGCCGGUGCCGGAACCAUGUCGGUUUCUCUUACACUUUGCCUUCUCACUCAUGGGAUGGCAUUUCUGACUCUAGAAUCUAUGAUAUCAAACUCAACACUCUACAACCUUCCUUCUCUGCGGAUUCAAGUCUGAUGCCGGGUGAUACGAGUAAGUACGAGAGUGCAUCUUCUUCUUCAUUGGUGUUCUAAUUCUAAUAUGUAGAAUCUGAGGUGUACUUGGUGCUGUACGAAAUUGGAGUUUCUGCUUUUGAUUUUGAGGUUGUAAUCAUUUUGUCUAUCUUGCAUGUAAAUUGAUCAUAUAUGGUGUUCUUGUUGUAAUCUGUUCAGCUGUAAGCAAUUUUG